AUGAAAUUAGAAACAGCCAUUGCAACAAUUGCCCUUUCAACCACCGUGUCUGCAGUUUUGAACAAGCCAUACUCUCAAGAAUCUGUCGAGCAGUUCAACCUGUUGAGAUAUACCGGUACAACUGGUCCGUAUGUUCAAAGUAGAGGUUAUGGUAUCCCAAGAGAAGCACCAUUCCAGUGUAAGGUGAAACAGGCUCAUUUGUUCAUGAGACAUGGUGAGAGAUACCCAACAGAGGGUACAGGUAAGGGGAACAAGCAGAUCUUUGAGAAACUGAAAAAUGCCACUGUAGAGAGCUACGAUGGUCCACUGUCUUUUGUCAAAGACUGGGAGUUUUACGUCCCAGAUUCUUCUUUGUUGGAAACUGAGAGUUUCAAAGGUGCCUACGCUGGUUUGGCUGAUUGUUACAACCUUGGUGUUGAGUUCAGAGAGCGUUACGAGGACUUAUGGGAUGGUAAGACCGUUCAGCCAUUGUUCACCUCUGGCCAAGAGCGUGUGGUCAAUAGUGCAAGAUCCUUUGGUGAAGGUUUCUUUGCUUCAAACUAUUCUGAUCUGUGUUCUCUUCAAAUCAUCCCAGAGAAUGAGACACAAGGUGCAAACACUUUGACCUCUCACGAUGCUUGUGUCAAUUACAACAGUUCUUACAGUGACGCUAUCGUCGGUGAAUUCUCUGACAACUACUUGAAGACCGCAGCAGCCAGACUCAACAAGUUGUCUCCAGGUUUCAACAUCACAGGUGAUGAUGUCUACAAUUUGAUGGGCUACUGCGGAUUUGAGCUUAACGUGAGAGGUCAAUCUGAAGUCUGUGGUAUCUUCACAUUGGAUGAGUGGAUCUCCUUUGACUACUCAAAAACACUUGGAUUCUAUUAUCAAAAUGGUCCAGGUUAUAACAUCUCUGUUCCUUUAGGUUAUGUUUUCGCUAACAACACUUAUACCUUGAUGAAGGAUCAGACAUCAUACCCUUUCAAUUUGUCAUUUUCCUUCUCCCAUGAUAGCGAUGUUGCAACGUUUGUUUCUGCAUUGGGAAUCAUGGAUCCUGAAGCUGAUCUCUCAGUUGAUGAGGUUGAGUUUGGUGCUAUUUACAAGGCUAACGAAAUUGCACCAAUGGGUGGCCAUUUGGUUCAUGAAGUCUUGGAAUGUGAAGAUGUCUUGACAAAUGCCACUGAUUCAUACGUGAGAAUUCUUCUCAACGAUAACGUUGUCCCGUUACCUGGUUGUCAAGACGGUCCAGGCUAUUCAUGUCAGCUUGAUAACUACAAAGAUGUCAUUGAUUCCAGACUGGGAAACACCAGUUAUGUUGAAGCCUGUGGAGUUCCAAGUGAUGUUCCACAGUACUCUACUUUCUACUGGGAUUGGGAGGCCACUUUCAAAAACAACUUCUCUACGCAAGAAUGA